UCAGCCUUUCCUCCACAGGGAGAUGCUCCAGGCCCUCCUCAUCCUCACAUGUACUGGCCCCACUUGAGGAGCUCUGUGUCUCCCUUUUCCUGAGGACCCCAGGACUGGACGCAGCGCUCUAAAUGUGUCUCACCAGGGCUGGGCAGAGGGGCAGGGCUCACUUUCCCCUGCACUCUGGCCAUAGCUCAUGCCCGUGUCCCUGCAGUGCAGUGCCCCUGGCCCAUGUGGAGGUGGAGGGCCGCAGCGAUCGGCCACCCCUUGUCCUGCUACAUGGGCUCUUUGGCAGCCACAGCAACUUCCAGACGGUGGCCAAGACACUGGUGCGCCGUGGUAGCGGCAAGGUGCUGACGGUGGACGCCCGGAACCACGGCAGCAGCCCCCACAGCCCCGUGAUGACGUAUGAAGCGAUGAGCUUGGAUGUGCAGCACCUCCUGAGCCGCCUGGGCAUCACCAAGUGCAUCCUCGUGGGACACAGCAUGGGGGGCAAGACGGCCAUGACACUGGCCUUGCAGCAGCCAGACCUGGUGGAGCGCCUCAUCUCUGUAGACAUUGGUCCUGGCUCAACCGCCCCCGUGUCUGAAUUCUCUGCCUACAUCUCAGCCAUGAAGGAGGUGAAGGUCCCGGUGGGGCUGAGCCGCUCGGCAGCACGCCAGCUGGCAGAUGACCAGCUGCAGCCUGUGGUCAAGCUCCCACAGCUGAGACAGUUCCUCCUCACCAACCUGGUGGAGGUGGAGGGCCGCUAUGUGUGGCGGGUGAACCUGGAGGCUAUUUCCCGGCAUCUGGCAGAUAUCAUGAACUUCCCUGUCUUCCACAAGCCGUAUCCUGGUCCUGCACUGUUCUUGGGAGGUUCUGACUCGCCCUAUAUCAGCUCCAGAGACUACCCAGAGAUCCAACGCCUCUUCCCCAAGGCAGAGAUCCAGUACAUUAAAGGUGCAGGCCACAUAGUCCAUCAGGAUAAAUUUGAAGAAUUCAUCACUGCUGUCCUCAAUUUCCUGCCACAGCUGUAGCACUGGGGACCAGGGUUUCUGUAAAGCCCGUGUGGGUCCUGAGGAGCUCUGGGCAGUGACGCAGGGCUCGGGCUCUGAGGAUGGGCUCAGCUGGGACUGGCUGCCCUCACUGCAGUCUGAUCCUGCCUGCAAGACCUUUUCCCAUCCUGGUUCUCCUGCAGUCAGAGCAGAGAGGCACCUGCAUCCUGCUGAGAUCUCCUGCCACCUCACAGGGACACGGUGGCACUGGCUCAGGACACUGUCCUGCCUGCACAGCGGUGUCAGGCACAUGGAGGGGGCAAAGAGCCCUCUUUUUUCCUGCUGCCAGACCCUCCCAAGGAUCUGGCUGUGACUUUGCAGAAUGUGCAAUAAAGUUGAUUUCAUGCCAA